AUGAACAUCAGCUUGCCUAGCGAAGGGAUUCAUCCAAAGGGCAAAGGAGAUUUUAGUAUUAUCAUAACACCUUGCUUUGUCAAAACAGAGAACACUCUGGAUCUUGCGAUUGAAAAGCAACAAACCGAAGUCCUCAAUUGUUCAGUAGAACACACCGAAAUUGUCCCAAAUUCGUCUACCCCUGAAGAGACUGUUUCAAAUUCCUCCUCUACCCCUGAGAAGACGACACCUACUGAUCCUAAUGAGGCAGAACAAACUAAGACUGUCUCGAAUUCUUGUGUCCCUGUGGAGACGUCAGCAAAUGACCCCAUAGAAGUAGAGCACGCUAUGACUGUCCAAAAUACUUCUACCCCUGAGAAGACAACAGACACUGAUCCCGCAGAAGCAGAAAAAACUAAAAGUGUCUCAAAUACUUCUACCCCUGAGAAGACGACAGCAAAUGACCCCGUAGAGAAGGCGACAGUUCCUGACUCCAAUAAAGCAGAACAAACUAAGACCGCCUCAAAUACUUCUACCCCUGAGAAGACGACAGCAAUUGAGUCCGCAGAAGCAGAUCACGCUAUGACUGUCAUAAAUUCGUCUACCCCUGAGAAGGCGACAGUUACUGACUCCAAUAAAGCAGAACAAACUAUAAAGACUGCCUCAAAUACUUCUCAUCCUGAGGAGACGACAGCUCCUGCCCCACCGAGUGUGGAGACACAGAGCACCAUCGACCCCUCGAAAGAGUCGGCACCGGACGCGGCAUUCAUUGAUACCAAAACUCUUAAACUGUUUCUGAGUAAAGAAACAUUGGUGCAACUUGCUGACCGAAACUCGAAAUCUAAAAUCAUCGAGCUGGUGAAGCUGUGCCACAUGAGAGUAGCGCAUACUUCAGAACAAAACAGGAAGAUGGUUCUUGACCACCUGUUGGAUGCUUCGCAAGGAAAAGUGAAACUCCAGCCGAGUCUAAUCGAUAAACUUGUCAAGAGACUUAAUGAUGAAGCAGUCACUGCCGAACUGAUGAACAUGGGUCUUGAGGUGCCUCAAAGUGCUAGAAUGCGUAAAAACGCCCUUGAAACCUACCUCAAUAAUGAAUUCAGUACUCUUAACUCAAGUGACUUCAAUGAAACCUGUCGCUUGGAAAAAAGUAGAAUCGGAAGCCCUAAGACAAAAAAACAAAACCCAAAGGGAAAGAAAAACGAGAGCAACAAAAAGACUAGGGCAACCAAGAAAACUAACGACAAUGCAGCUAACACUACCGCAGAAACGAGAAAUUGUGCUAAUGUCACUUCGGAUACAUGCCACUCAGCAGAACGGAGAGGAUGA